GCCUUUUUUUUGUUUUUUUUUUUGGGUUUUUUUUCCCUUUUGCCUUUUUUUUUCCCUCCCUCCGCGCAGAAAAUGGCGGCGGCGGCGCCGAGCGGAGACGACGAACGGCUGGAGGAGAAGUCGGAGGAGAACCUGGGGGGGCUGAAGGAGAGGCCCCCCAAGGCCAAGAAGGUGAAGAAGGAGCGGAAGGAGGAGAAGCCUCAGCCGCAGCCGCAGCCUGCCCCGCACGAACCGGCGCAGCCCUCCCCGGAGCCGGCCGAGGCUGGCAAGGCGGAGGAGAGCUCGGAGGCGCCCGGGGCGGCCCCGGCGGCGCCGGAGGCCUCGGCCUCGCCCAAGCAGCGCCGCUCCAUCAUCCGCGACCGCGGGCCCAUGUACGACGACCCCACCCUGCCCGAGGGCUGGACCCGCAAGCUGAAGCAGCGCAAGUCCGGGCGCUCCGCCGGCAAGUUCGACGUCUACCUGAUCAACCCGCAGGGCAAAGCCUUCCGCUCCAAGGUGGAGCUGAUCGCCUACUUCGAGAAGGUUGGGGACACCUCCCUGGACCCCAACGACUUCGACUUCACGGUGACCGGGCGCGGCAGCCCCUCGCGGCGCGAGCAGAGACCCCCCAAGAAGCCCAAAUCUCCCAAGGCCGCCGGCACCGGACGCGGCCGAGGGCGCCCCAAGGGCAGCGGCGCCGCCAAGCCCAAAGGCGGAGGUGGCGGCGGCGGCGGCGGCGGCGGCGGCGGGCGAGGGCGUGCAGGUGAAGCGGGUGCUGGGAAGAGCCCUGGCAAGCUGCUGGUGAAGAUGCCCUUCCAGGGCGGGCAGGGCGCUCCGCGGGGCGAGGCGGCCGCCGCCAGCAGCUCGGCGCCGGUGCUGGCGAGCAAGCGGCCCGGGAGGAAGCGGAAGGCGGAGGCGGACAGCCAGGCCGUGCCCAAGAAGCGGGGCAGGAAACCGGGGGGCCUGGGGGGCGCCGCGGCCGCGGCGGGCAGCGGAGCCGGCGGCGGCGGCGGCGGCGGCGGCGGCGGAGGAGGAGGAGGAGGAGCGGCGGCGGCGGAGGCGAAGAAGAAGACGUCGAGCCCCGGGGGCCCGGCGGCGCCGCAGGAGACGGUGCUGCCCAUCAAGAAGAGGAAGGCGAGGGAGGCGGCGGCGCUGGAGGCGGCCAAGGCUGCCCUGCCCCCCCUGGCGCCCCCGGAACGAGGACCCCCCCCCAAGGGACCCCGCAGCGCUCGCAGCCCAGGGCGGCGCAGCAAAGAGAGCAGCCCCAAGGGACGCGGCACCGGCACCGGCACCGGCAGCAGCACCACCCCCCCGCCGCCUCCGCUGCCCCCCGAGCCCCCUGCCAGCCCCGAGGACAGCUCCAGCCCACCCCCCCCACCCCCCCCUCCUCCUCCUCCUCCUCCUCCUCCUCCUCCCGUGCCGCCGGCGCCGGUGCCGCCGCAGGACUUGAGCGGCUGUCCCGAGGAGCGGGGGGGAGCGGCGGCGGCGGCGGCGCCCGACGGCUGCGGUGGCGGCGGCGGCAAAGAGGCGGCUAAGACUCACCCCACCCCCCCCCCCGCCGCCGCCCCCGCCGCCCCCGCCCCAGCCGCCCUACAAACACCACCGAGGGGAGCCCGAGCACAAAGACACUGCCCCCCCCCUCCUCCUCCUCAUCCUCCUCCUCGUCCUCUUCGUCGUCCUCUUCCUCGUCGUUGUCGUCAGCGGCCUCGGCAGCUCCCCCCCCGCCCCCUCCCCCUCCCAACGCCUCGGUGCCGCGGCCCCCCCCGGGCCGGGACGAGCCGGUGGACACCAGGACGCCUCUGCCCGAGCGAGUCAGCUGACUGUGAGCGCCCCCCACGGGCGGACAGACGGACGGAUGGGACACCCCCACCCCCCCCGCACCGAGACCCCCCACGGCCCCCGCGCCACGGCCCCACGCCCCCAGCCCAGCCCCCCCCCCUCGCCGCCUCGACACGAACACCUCCCCCCCCAUCCCGUGACCCCCAUCAGCCCCACCCUGCCCCCCCCGUGGGCCCAGCCCACACCCCCCGAGCCCGAGCCCCUCGUUUUUAUACCCGAGAAGCACAGCGAGGGGCGUGGGGAGCAGCCCCCCCCCCGCCCGGGACCCCCCACUUUGCACUUUGGUCUAAGGGGGGUGGGGGAGGGGGGAGGAGGGAGGGGCGUCCCCUGGGAUGCCUCCCUCGGGGGUGGCCGUGGGGGAGGGGCUGAGGCGGGGGUGGGGCAGCCUGAGUCGUGACCCCACCCCCCCACCCCCCCCCCCCCGGCGCCGCUUUUCUCGUUCUUCCAAGCCUCGUUCCCGUUUGCAGGCCGCAGGAAGCCAUUUGCACUAAGGGCGGGGCAGGGGGGAUCCAGCCGCCGUCCAAUGGGGAGGGAGCAGGGCGCUGCUGGGCGGGGCAGGAGCCAGGGGCAGAGGAGAAGAGGUGGAGCCAAUCGGGAGAGGCUUUGGUGGGUUCCGGGGGGGGGGGGGGCGUGUCCAGCGUCGAGCCAAUCCCGAGGGGACUUGUGAGGUGCUGGGAUCAGGUCCCCAGCCAAUCAGGAGCAGCUUGCGAGGGGGUUCAAGUGUGGAGCCAAUCAGGAGUGGCACUCGAUAGGGGUGGGAGCAGGUCUUGGGCCAAUCAGGAGUGACUCUGAGUUGGAGUGGGAACUGGUCAUGAGCCAAUCAGGAGUGAGCCUGAGUUGGAGUGGGAUCUGGUCAUGAGCCAAUCAGGAGUGAUGCUGAGUUGGAGUGGGAUCUGGUCUUGAGCUAAUCAGGAGUGAUGCUGAUUCGGAGUGGGAUCCAGUUGUGAACCAAUCAGGAGUGCCUCUGUGAGUCACUGUGGAUUUGGCUGUGAGCCAAUCAGGAGCAGCUUUCCGUUCUGUUGGGAUCCAGUGGUGAGCCAAUCAGGAGUGGUGUUUAAUAGAGGCAAGGUCAGGCCUGGAGCCAAUCAGGAGCUGUGGUGAGCUCCGGGUGUGAGCCAAUCAGGAGCAGCUGGGAUCCAGCGGCCAAGCAGGCAGCAGUCGUUGCCGAGGGCUGGGAUCUGGCCCUGGGCCAAUCAGCAGCGAGCGUUGGGUUGGGCUCCAGCCAAUGGGGAGCAGCCUCUCGCUCGAGCGGGACCUGGCGGGCAGCCAAUCAGGAGGGAUUCCACAGGGGCCAAUCGGGAGGGAGCCUGGGGUGGGUGUGGCUCUGGUUCUGACAGGGUCUGGAGCCAAUCAGGAGAGAGGAGCAUCAGGGAGUGGGCGGGGCUGGCCGCAGUCCAAUGGGGAAGGGCUCCUGGCCCGGCCCCGGCCUGGGCAGCAGCGACUCUGGGUCGAGGCGGGAUCCGGCCGGGAUCCAAUCAGGAGUGGCUGUGGAUUGGAGGGGCGGGUCCGGCCUCCAUCCAGCGGGAGCCCUGCCGGGCUGAGGCGGGGCUUGGCCCUGAGCCAAUCAGGAGUCGCUCCACCUUGGGCUGGGACCUGGUCCCUGUCCAAUCAGGAGAGCGGCUCCGGGUUGGGCGGGAUCUGGUCUGCGGCCAGCCAGGAGGGGCUGCAGGGUGGGCUUGGGGUGGGAUCCAGUCCAGAGCCAAUCAGGUGUGAGCAGAGCUUGCAGUGGGAGCCAGGCCAGAGCCAAUCAGGUGUGAGCAGAGCUUGCAGUGGGAGCCAGGCCAGAGCCAAUCAGGUGCGAGCAGAGCUUGCAGUGGGAUCCAGUCCAGAGCCAAUCAGGUGUGAGCAGGGCUUGCAGUGGGAUCCAGUCCAGAGCCAAUCAGGUGUGAGCAGAGCUUGCAGUGGGAUCCAGUCCAGAGCCAAUCGGGUGUGAGCAGGGCUUGCAGUGGGAGCCAGGCCAGAGCCAAUCAGGUGUGAGCGUGUGCUGGGGUGGAGUCCAGUGGAGAUCCAGUGGGGGGGGGGGGGAGGGGGCAGUGGGAUCCAGUUCCCACCCCCUGCAGUGUCCCUGUCCUGGGGGGGGCCCAGGGGGAUCCCAUCCCUGGGCAGAUCCCAGCCUAUGGGGGGGGGGGUCCCCAUCCUGCACUUUACCGGCCCUGGGGGGGGUGGGGAGGUCACUCCUGGGGCCCCUCCCCUUUUCCCCUCCCCACCUUCCACGCCCCCCCCACGCCCCCCCCCCCGUUCUUCCAGCCCCCCCCUCCCGGGACUGUUCGGCCUCGGCCCCUCCAUGGCAAUAACGGGGGGGGGGAGGCGGGGGGGAGGCCCCAGCCCCGCGGGGUGAAAGCAGCAGAAGAGAUCCCCAAGGGAGCAGGGUGGGGCCUGGAUCCCUGGCGGGGGGGGGGGGGGGGCGGACCCCCGGGGGGGGCUGGGUGUGGCCGGGGGGGGUCCCGCAGCUAUUUAUUCUCCGUACUCUUAGUGCGCAGGAGCCUUUGUUUGCCUUAUCGAUCUACUGCCCCCCCCCGCCCCCCCCCGGCCCCCCGGCGCGGGGGGGGGAUGCCCCCGGGCCCGCCCCGCCCCGCCCCCCCCCCGGGGCUCUGUGUCUGUGCUGGAGUGAUCUAUAAAUCUGUGUAACCCA